CCCCCUCCCAGCAGUGGGAGCCUGAUGAGAGGGAGAGAAAAAGGCAGUGCUGCCGCCGGCCAACGCCCCUCCCAGCCUCGACACCCCCAAAGGGACACCCCCCCCAGCCCAGCCACCUCCGCUUCCGCGCAUCGCCCACCCCCUCUCUCCACGGGGGUGUAGCAGGAUAACGGGAGGGCGGAAGAAGAAGGGAGAAGGAAGGAGCGUUUUGGCUGCUGCGGCUUUGGCAGCCAACAGAUCGCAGCCUCUGGCCUCCCCCGCCUGGCUUUGGGGGGUGGGUGGUAACGGGGGGGGGAGGAGGAGGAGGGGGCCAACCGGAGAGAUCUCGUUCCUCCCCAUCACCACCCCCCGGGAGGACCAUCCAGACGUGGACCGCGGAUCUUCGCCCCUCCACUUCGCUUGCCUCCGCCGCCGAAUGAUUGAAGAAUCGUAGAGAGAGAGAGAGAGAAGGGGGGGCGCUGCGUCUCUCCCACCCAAUUUGCAGAAGGAGGCUCGACGUUUGCUCCCAGAAUCCGGAAUUUGGGGGGGGGGGUGAGCCAGAAGAAGACAGCGUUCGAUUACAGAGGAGGGGGGUCCGGGAAGGGGGUCCUACCCCCACCCCCACCCCCCGAAAAGGGGGGUGCUGCAUCCUGGAGAGACGGACAUGGGGAGUUUCCUAUUUUAUGGGCAGUUCUCCCCCCCUGGACAGGAGGGGGCCUGCGAGGCUUUGACUCCUGAGACAUCUGAUUAGCCCCCCCCCUCCUCCAACAACCCCACACGACCCUGAACUUGCUGUGCACCACGGUUUGGCUGCAAGGGGCUGGGGGGGCCAGGCCCCCUGGGAGCAAAGGACCCCUCUUGUCUCACUCUCUCCCCCCCCCAACCAUUUUCUUCUCUUGAGCCUUGCGGUACUGGGGCUGUUUUCUGGAUGGAGAGGUGAUCCGAGAGUUCUCCAAGGAUACUCCGUGGAAGGGAGAUUCUGAGGGAGCCGAAAUCUGGAGAGUGUACGCUUUUAUUUUCCAGAGAAAUAUAUAUAUAUAUAUAUAAAAGAAAGGGGUGGGGGCGACCGGCCUCUCCCCAAGGAAGACCACAGAGGAAAGUGGGCCUCCCCCCUCUCGAAGAGGGGGAGCUGCAAGGAGACAGAGGCCGGGGGGCGCAGUUCACGGAUUCCGUGGCAGCGCGGAGGCCACGGCCGAACUUUCUCCAUGAGGAGGGGUAGAAGAUGCCGGCUUUGCCCGUGCUGCUGCUGCUGCUGAUUCUCGGCUUCGCCCACAAGAGCCUAGAGGUGCUGUCGUCUCUGCGCAUGGCCGCCAUUUUGGAUGACCAGACAGUGUGUGGCCGGGGGGAGCGACUGGCCUUAGCCUUAGCACGCGAGCACAUCAACAGCAUCAUCGAGGUGCCUGCCAAAGCCCGAGUCGAGGUGGAGAUCUUCGAACUGCAGCGGGACAGCCAGUACGAGACCACCGACACCAUGUGUCAGAUCCUGCCCAAAGGCGUAGUUUCUGUCCUGGGCCCAGCCUCCAGUCCGGCCUCUGCUUCCAUUGUUAGCCACAUCUGCGGGGAGAAAGAGAUCCCCCACGUGAAGGUGGGUCCUGAGGAGACCCCCAAGCUGCAGUACUUGCGCUUCGCCUCUGUCAGCCUCUACCCCAGCAAUGAGGACGUCAGCCUGGCCGUAUCCCGUAUUCUCAAGUCCUUCAACUACCCCUCGGCUAGCCUCAUCUGCGCCAAGGCUGAGUGCCUGCUGCGAUUGGAGGAGCUCGUGCGUCAGUUUCUCAUCUCCAAGGAGACGCUGUCGAUCCGGAUGCUCGAUGACACCAACGACCCGACGCCGCUGCUCAAGGAGAUCCGGGACGACAAAAUCUCCACCAUCAUCAUCGACGCCAAUGCUUCCAUCUCUUAUCUCAUCCUCAAGAAGGCUUCAGAGCUUGGGAUGACGACCGCGUUCUACAAGUACAUCCUGACUACUAUGGAUUUCCCAAUCUUGCACUUGGAUGAGAUUGUGGAUGAGCACUCCAACAUCCUGGGCUUCUCCAUGUUUAACACCAGCCAUCCUUUCUACAUGGAGUUUGUUCGCAGCCUCAACAUGUCGUGGCGGGAGAACUGUGAGCUCAGCCCUUACCCGGGGCCUGCGCUGUCGGCGGCACUGAUGUUCGAUGCGGUGCACGUGGUGGUGAGUGCUGUGCGAGAGCUGAACCGCAGCCAGGAGAUCGGGGUCAAACCCUUGGCUUGCACCUCGUCUAACAUCUGGCAGCAUGGGACCAGCCUCAUGAACUACCUGCGCAUGGUAGAGUAUGACGGGCUGACAGGCCGUGUAGAGUUCAACAGCAAGGGCCAGAGAACCAAUUAUACCUUGCGCAUCCUGGAAAAAGCCCGCCAUGGGCACCGGGAGAUCGGGGUGUGGUACUCCAACAGGACUCUUGCCAUGAACGCCACAACGCUGGACAUCAACAUCUCAGAGAGCCUUGCCAACAAGAAUCUGACGGUCACCACCAUCUUAGAAAACCCCUACGUAAUGCGCCGUGCAAACUUCCAGGAGCUGUCCGGCACAGAGCAGUACGAGGGCUUCUGCGUAGACAUGCUCCAUGAACUCGCCGACAUCCUUAAAUUUCGCUUCCAGAUUAAGCUGGUGGACGACGGGCUCUAUGGGGCUCCCGAGCCAAAUGGAUCUUGGACUGGCAUGGUGGGAGAGCUCAUUAAUAGGAAAGCUGACCUGGCCGUGGCUGCGUUCACUAUCACGGCCGAGCGGGAGAAGGUCAUCGACUUCUCCAAGCCUUUUAUGACCCUGGGGAUCAGCAUCUUGUACCGGGUUCACAUGGGACGCAAACCAGGGUAUUUCUCCUUCCUGGAUCCUUUCUCCCCGGCUGUUUGGCUUUUCAUGCUCCUAGCUUAUCUCGCUGUCAGCUGCGUCCUCUUCCUAGCUGCCAGGCUGAGCCCUUAUGAAUGGUACAACCCCCAUCCUUGCCUGCGCGAGCGGCACAACAUAUUGGAAAACCAGUACACGCUUGGCAACAGCCUCUGGUUCCCAGUUGGCGGCUUCAUGCAACAGGGGUCAGAGAUCAUGCCUCGGGCCCUCUCUACCCGCUGUGUCAGUGGGGUCUGGUGGGCAUUCACCUUGAUCAUCAUCUCCUCUUACACGGCCAACCUUGCUGCCUUCCUCACCGUUCAGAGGAUGGAGGUGCCCAUUGAGUCGGCGGACGACUUGGCUGACCAGACCAACAUUGAAUAUGGCACCAUCCACGCGGGCUCCACAAUGACCUUCUUCCAAAAUUCUCGGUACCAGACGUACCAGCGGAUGUGGAAUUACAUGCAUUCAAAGCAACCUAGUGUCUUUGUCAAGAGCACAGAGGAGGGGAUCGCCCGGGUGCUGAAUUCGAAGUAUGCCUUCCUGCUCGAGAGCACGAUGAACGAGUAUCACCGGAGGCUCAACUGCAACCUGACGCAAAUUGGGGGGCUGUUGGAUACCAAGGGCUAUGGCAUCGGCAUGCCACUGGGCUCCCCGUUCCGGGAUGAGAUCACCCUCGCCAUCUUGCAGCUUCAGGAGAACAACCGCCUGGAGAUCUUGAAACGGAAGUGGUGGGAGGGAAGUAAGUGUCCGAAAGAAGAGGACCACCGGGCCAAAGGGCUGGGCAUGGAGAACAUUGGAGGCAUCUUUGUGGUGCUCAUCUGCGGGCUCAUCAUUGCAGUCUUCGUCGCUGUCAUGGAAUUUGUAUGGGCCACGCGUCGCUCGGCUGAACAUGAAGAGAUCUCGGUGUGCCAGGAGAUGCUGCGAGAGCUGCGCCACGCCGUUUCUUGCCGCAAGCCAACCCGCUCCCGCCGGCGCCGGCGCCACUACACCACCCGAGGCGCCCUGUCGCUGCGCUCCGUCCGAGAGAUGCGCCUCAGCAACGGCAAGCUCUACUCGGGGACUCUGGUGUCUGAGCCGGGGCCGCAGCGCCUCCUGGAGGAGACUCCCCGGCCUUGCACCCACGUCCGGAUCUGCCACGAGUGCCGGCGCAUCCAGACUCUUCGGGGAGCCCCCCCGCCGCCUCGGGGGCCCCCGCCUUCUGAGGAGGGCACUCCGCGCCGGGGAGCCCCCCGCGAACUCAGCGGGCAGGAGUGACGCCCUCCCCACGUGCUUAUUGGCCCCCUUCCCCACCUCGGCCCUGCCUUCGCUCUCGUGCGGAGGCGCCUGCUCUUAAGACAUGUACGCUAUGCGUAUGCCCUGAUUUGGGGGACCCAGGCCUGAGGGGACUUCCCCGCGCACACCCUGGCACAUAAUCCCUUGCCGUAGGGGUAGUGUGUGGAUAUCUUUGCGGCCCUCCUGCCUCCCCGCCAAAAGAGAAGGCCACAGCUCUUCUCAAAAUCCAAGGGAGAGAGAGAGAGAGAGAGUCUUUUUCUAAUCCCCACUUCUCGUGGGAAAGAGACAUACAUGCCCCCCCCUGCCCCAGUUGAACCUCGCCGUUGUGGUGAUUAGAUCUGUGGCAGCUUGUUUCUGACGCUGCAGAAAGACAGUUUCCUGAGCCUCUUACUAUGAGGGAAAGGGAUACGAAAACCAAUAUCCGCAGACACAGACCCCACCCCACCCCUGUCGGCCUUGCCCCCCUCCAGCUCCUCCUACCCCUUCCACAGUGCAGCUGCAACCACAGCCCCCCCUUUUUGUGCUGUUCCCCCCAUGCCUUUGCCCCGUGGAGGGAGUUUGCUUAAGCAGAGGUGCCAAAAGGGGUUUGGGAUCCCACACUGCCCCCGCCACGUGCCUGCUGGGAAAUGAAUACCUCCAGCUAUUUGUGGGGCAAAGGGACAGUUCGCCUUCUUUUUCUAGGGUGGGGGUGGGGGGAAGGCCGGGACCCCUGCCGGAAGGUCCAGUUAGCGGCGUGGAAACGUAAACCCGCCGCAAGGCGGGCAAGGAGGUGGGUUGCGUGCAAGCAAACUGUACACUGGCGAUGGAGACUGAACUCAGGGUCAACUAAGCCGCCUUCUGAGGAGUCGUGGGGCCUGCCGGGUUCCACGCUUUUAACAAACCAACCUGAAGUAAUACAGGACCAAGAACUAAAAAAAAGGGGGGCAAGUGGGAAGAUAAAGACCCCGACAGAGGUAAUGAACCAACCCAGCUUUUGGGGUGGGGGUGGGGGGAAGUGAACCGCACAGGACCCUGGAAGCAGAAGAGAGUGGGGAGCGAGGAUUUGGUCUGUGGGGGCCCCUCCCCAUGACGUCUUGUCUGUCUUUUUUUAAUUUUUGUUUCAUUCUUUUAAAAAAGAUUUUUUCUUUUUCUUUUUGGAGAAAUUUCUAUAGAAGCCAAAAACUGGAGACUUUAGUGGCAACCCCAAAAGACAAAUAAACGUGAAAAUACUUGAUUCUUU